AUGGGACGGACGACAGCCAGGCCUCGACUGGAGGCGUCGUUGGUAGCACCCUUUUUGCGUUGGCACGCGGUCUCAGUCUGGCCGGACUGGCCGGACGGGACGGACACUUGGGCCUGGCCCAUACGUCGUCAACGUCGUGGCCAGCCGCGGUGGACAUGUUUGCUGUGGCACCGUGAGCCCGACCUGAAACGGAGGCCGGGCGUCAGCUUUCACAUCCUCCCACACACACCCUCAACCGGAAAUCGGUUGACAGCACAAGUUUGCCCAUUUGCGAUUUUUAUGCGACCCCUUUUCAUACGCCAACUUCACACUCCCUCUUGCCGGCAUUUGUGGCCGGCCGACAAAACGGCCCGACCGUGUGCCGAAACACACUCUCCCACCCGGUCGCCAAGUUGUCAAUGUGUGUCGAUGCGUGUGCAUCUGCCGGCCUGUGUUCGGGUGGGAGGCCAGUCGUGGACGCGAGGAUACCAAUGA